AUGAUGUUUAGCCUAAAAUGCCCAAAACCAGCGCUGAGCAUCGGCAAUCGCCCUAGCAUAUACAAACGCUGCACCCGAGCCCCUGCCAUUGCAGCGACAUUGAACCGCCCAAUUACAUUUCUACCGCGUUCGAUGUCUGGAUUCACUGUUGUCGCGCACGAGCUGGGUGGAAGUGGGCCGCUGCUUCUACUGUUGCACGCAAAUGGAUUUCACGGGCGCGUUUUCAUCCCGAUGGUGCCGGUGCUCGCCUCGCGUUUCCGCUGUGUUGCUCUGGAUUUGCCUGGUCAUGGGCUAGCAACUGCAGCGGUUAAACCCUUUACAUUUGAUGAUCUGCUCAGGCCGCUGCAGGAUUACGUUGAUGCUAACGGCAUCCAUGGCUGCUAUUGCUUUGGUCACAGUCUGGGCGGAAACCUAGCGGCUGCACUACAACUGGAGCGACCAGGCACCUUCAGGGCCAUGUUACUGUUCGAGCCGCCCAUCAUGUCCUGGAGGCCUCCGCCACCGCCACCGCAGCAGCAACAGCAGCAACAGCAGCCACAGGAAGGGGGCGGCUCCGCUCCGGUCACUGGGGAGCCGGACAUGGGUGGGGGGCGGCUGCUGGCUCGCAUGGCUCGAAGGCGGCAGUCGCGUUACCCCAGCGUGGAGGCCGCCAAGGCGUCUCUGGGCAGCAAACCCACCUUCGCCGCCCUGCACCCCAUGGCGCUACAUGCGUACCUGGCGCUGGGGGGACUCAAGCCCGCCUCGGAGCCCCUCCCUGCCGCCGCCGACACCGCAGCUGCAGCCGACACUGCCGACACCCCUUCAGCCGCCCUCAGACCCAACGGUACCACCACGAGCAUUGAUUGCAGCAGCGGCCCCGGCAACAGUCACAACAACAACGUUGCGAGCUGCAGCACCGGCAGCAGUAGCGACGUCGAUGCAACCGGCAGCACCACCACCGCUAGCAGCAGCAGCAGCAGCAGCUUGCAGCCCUUGCUCCUCACGCUCUCUUGUCCUCCCGAGACGGAGGCGCGCGUCUUUGAGGCGGUGGAUGCGCAGAGGAGCCGGCCCUGGCACCUGCUCGCUGCAACACGGGCGGACAGGGGCGAGGACGGAGCUGGGUCUUGCAGCUGCAGUAGCUGUUCCGACAGCACUGCCGGCAGCGAUAACGAGAGCAGGAGUAGUAGUAACAGCACCAGCAGCAGCAGCUGUGGGAGCGGCGAGAACAGCAGCAGCAGCGGCAGCGGCAGCAGUAGCAGCGAGUGCGGGUGUGUGCGGAGGUGUCGGGUGGCGUUUGCGAUAGGUCGGCACAACGAGGGGGUGCACGGGCGGUUGGCGAGGCUGGGUGAGGAGAUGGCGGCGGGGGUACCCGGGGCAGAGCUGAUCAGCUUCCCCGCGCUGCAGCACCUGGGCCCCAUGGAGGACCCGGAGGGGGUGGCGCGCGCGGCGCUCGCGUUCUUCUUGGAUGGCAG